AUGUUUGGUGCGAGCAUGCUUGCAGGCUUCGCAUAUGUACAGUAUCAGGCAGCCCAAGCGGGAACCUAUGCGAUGGAUGUUCUAAGAAGAGCCGGGGAUACUGUCGCGGAGACGUCGUCAAGUGUGUUGGAAGGCGCCAAAGGCAUUGCCGAUCAGAUCGGGGUGGGUUGGCAACGCACCAAAGACGAUGUACAACUGCCUGAAUGGCUGCAACAGUUAUUCCGGAGUGGUGGGGAGCCUGGCGACGGAGGCUCGGGGCCUGAACCGCCCAAUCAGUCCCGGGCUGGGGCGGCGGUGGCUGCAUCGGCGGCGGCGGCGAUAGGACGGGAACAGUCAAAUGAAGAUGACGACCGAUCGAGUGCUGAUGGUGCAAGAAAUGAUCAAAUGAUGGUCCUCACGAGGAAAAUGAUCGAAAUACGAAGCAUUCUGAACACCGUGGGUCAGGGUGGUGCUUUGACGCUGCCGUCGAUUGUCGUCAUCGGCUCCCAAUCCUCAGGGAAGAGUUCCGUUCUUGAAGCCAUUGUCGGCCAUGAAUUCUUACCCAAGGGCUCGAACAUGGUCACCAGACGCCCCAUUGAACUCACCUUGGUCAACACUCCCGGUGCCAAAGCGGAAUAUGGCGAGUUCCCGGCGCUGGGCUUGGGCAAGAUCACCGAUUUCUCUCAAAUCCAAAGGACCUUGACGGAUCUCAACCUGGCUGUCCCCGCGGAACAAUGUGUGACCGAUGAUCCGAUACAACUCUCCAUAUAUUCUCCUAACGUUCCGGAUCUCUCUAUGAUUGAUCUCCCCGGCUACAUCCAGGUCUCAGGCAAAGACCAGCCUCCCGAACUGAAGCAGAAGAUUGCCGAUCUCUGUGACAAGUAUAUCCAGCCACCCAAUGUUAUCCUGGCCAUUUCUGCCGCCGAUGUUGAUUUGGCCAAUUCGACCGCAUUGCGAGCCAGUCGACGAGUCGAUCCGCGCGGCGAAAGAACCAUCGGAGUCAUCACCAAAAUGGAUCUGGUGGACCCCGACCGGGGUGCUGAAAUUCUAUCCGAUCGAAAAUAUCCCCUGCGGCUGGGUUAUGUCGGCGUGGUGUGCAAGAUCCCACCGACGGCCGGCCUCUUCUCUCGAUCCGGUCAGAGCGUGACGAAUGCGAUCGUCAAGAACGAGACGGCAUACUUUUCGUCACAUCCCCUUCAAUUUGGUCCUCAAUCAGACCUCGCUGUGGGCACGACCACGUUGCGACAUAAACUGAUGCAUGUCCUCGAGCAAACCAUGGCAGCUAGCCUGGCGGGGACCAGAGAUGCCAUCGUGCAAGAACUGGAAGAAGCAACAUAUGAAUUCAAAGUGCAGUACAACGACCGACCACUCAGUGCCGAGUCUUAUUUGGCAGAAAGUUUGGACAGUUUCAAGCAUUCUUUCAAGGAAUUCAGUGAAGAGUUUGGCCGGCCGCAGGUUCGUGCGCUGUUGAAGGAUGUCCUCGACCAGAAAGUCAUGGAUUUACUGGCCAAGAGAUAUUGGAAUAAGCCAGUGGAGGAUCUCUCUCCCGUCCCAGUGGAAGCCGAAUCCUUGUCUGAUUUACCCAAGGCAGACCCAGUCUCGUUAUACUGGAUGCGCAAGCUGGAUGCCUCAACCUCGGAGUUGACUAAACUGGGGGUGGGCAGACUUGCUACCACCGUGGUUGCCUCGGAGCUGCAAAAUCACAUCGACCGAUUGAUCGCCACGUCGACCUUUGCUUCGCAUCCCUACGCCCAAAGAGCCAUCGUGGAUGCAUCAUCCAGCAUAUUGAACGACCGAUUCUACAGCACGAGCGAUCAAGUGGAAAAUUGCAUCAAGCCCUUCAAAUUUGAGAUCGAGGUCGAGGGGAACGAAUGGAACAAGGGUCGCGAAAAUGUCGGCCGAGUGUUGAAGAAUGAGCUCAAGGCUUGUGAAACUGCACAGAGACGACUCGAAGAUGCGAUCGGCAAGAGAAAAUUGAGGGACGUGAUGGGAUUUGUCGACCGUGUUCGAAAAGGAGAUGUUGUCCUUGAAGGUGAUGGCUCUGGUGGAGCAGGGGGAUUUUCAGCUGCACUGUUACAAAAAGGUCGAGAGGCGGUGUUCCUCCGCGAUCGAGCUGACAUCAUCAAAGUGAGAUUAAUGGCCGUCAAGUCCAAACAAUGUGCCAACUUGAAGAACAAGUAUUAUUGUCCCGAAGUCUUCCUCGACGUCGUUGCAGACAAGUUAACGUCCACCGCGGUCCUAUUCCUCAAUGUCGAGCUCCUGUCGGAGUUUUACUACAACUUUCCCCGCGAGCUGGACAUCCGUCUUGGUCGGCACUUGGAACAGAACGAAAUCGAGAGGUUCGCCCGUGAAGAUCCCAAGGUCCGUAAGCAUCUCGACGUGAUCAAGCGCAAGGAGAUGCUAGAGUUGGUUUUGGAGAAGAUUGAGAGUCUGCGUCAAUUGGAGGGUCGGUCGAGGCACCCAUCCAAAGUUUCGACGACGAAGGAGAGAGGUCGUUGGAGUUUGUUUUGA